CCAUUGAUCCAGUAAAGGCUUUCUAGGCAUGUUGGAAAUGCAGCUGGGCCUUUGACUCCGCUCGUGUCGCCACUACCGGGAGAGGAUAUCAGUGGUGACGAGAGAUUGACUCGGACUGUGUCAGCUAUCAGGCUACGGUCGGCAGCGGUCAAGCAGGGUCUGGCCUGAGCAGGCAACCAUUCUGGCCACUUACCGCUUGUUUCUGCCAAGCUGCUCUCACCACAGUCUUCUAGGAAAAAGGCGAUACAGUUAUUUCAUCUAUGACUAGUUUUCAACCUGCAGUUUAGCUAAUGUUGGGGUGGAACGGUUAACUGGACUGUUUUGCACAAAAGGAUUACGAUCAUCUACCCCCCUCCCUCCUCCAUGCUGUUGAGAGGACCCAGAGGAUGUAAUGUGCAUGUGGCCAUGUGUGGAGGAAGGUGAAAAGAUGUGACGUAUGCCCAGCGGUGGCUCGUGUUUCAAGUACCAGAGGAAGCGUUUUCUUCUGACAUUGAAGGCGGAAGGACUACAAGAACAUCUUGGACCUUAAGACGUGGUUCAGAGAUCCUGUACUGUCAGGAGGGACAUUCCUACUGGAGUCUUCAUGCCAUGGAGAUUCGUGUUGACCUGACUUCUUAUUCCUUCCUUCUUGCUGUGAUCUCUCACGUCCUUCAGAUGGCUCAUGGCCAGGAUAUAAAAUGGGAUGCUGCUUAUACCCCCUCAAGUACACCUUUCCCAGGCAGUAUGAAGUGCUGGACGUGUGAAGAAGCUUCAGACAACUACAACUGCAACAGAUGGGCGCCUGAUGUCUACUGUCCUCAAGGUACCAAGUACUGCCAUACGUUACACAGGAUGAACGGUCAGGGCAGCAGUGUCAUGGUGAGGAAAAAGUGUGCAGCUGUGGAGGACUGUACCCCAAACACUGUGGGCUGUACAAUAAACACAGAUGGAUCCAUGGUGUGCAUAGCCUGUUGUGAAGGAAACAUCUGCAAUCCAGAGGUGCCAACCAACCACACAACCGCCAUCUUUGCCACAAUAACGCCAUAUGAUGUUGGCAGUUCUUCACAGUUUCCCCCUUCAUUACAAGUGUUAUUUCUCACACUACUGGCUGCAGCUCUAUUCAGACAUCUAUAGUAUAAAAUAGAAAAGAAAAACAUGAAAAGCCUGUCAUUCUGAUGCAAUUAUCAAUACUUCACAGAAAAAAAAACUGUUCAAAGCCAGUGUUUUUGUUAGAAAAAAUCUUUUCUUGCCACCCUAAAGCUGUAUCACUGUAAUAGCUUUCAUUUCAUUGACUUCAAACGUUCAUGAGUACUAGAGUUUCAAUCACUUAAUUUGAAGCUACAACAGCAGAUUUAGAGUGUGGUUUUGUUAUAAUCAAUGGAAAUCAUCAUCAAAAGAAACAUUUUACAUCAUAGUACAUGAAACUUCAACUCAUAUUUGUAAAAAAAAUCCAAAUGAUUGCCACAGAAUGACAGCAUAGUUUAUAGUUUUAGUAUUCAGUAAUUUUGACUGUUACACAAUUACAGGAGUCAUUGUAGUAUUAUAUUAAAAAUACAUUACCACAAGAAAGUGCAUAUAAAUUUUGAACCAUCUGUACCCCAGCAUUUGAAUGAUAUCAUGGAAUAUAUUGAAAAUUUGUACAUGUGUAAAUAUUUAAAAAGUUUGACUAUGUGUAUCCAGAUGUAUUUUUAUAAGGAUAUAUUGUCUGAAAUGUGGAACAUAAUGAUAAUAACCAGACUUAAUGGUUUUGCAUGUCAUCAAAUUGUGAUUAUUGGAACACAUGGAUUCAGAAAUCUGUUUUAAAUUUCAUCCAUACUUCCUUGUAUCAACAGCUGAUGAUAUCGCAUGUUAUUUGAUGAUCAAAAUAUUAAAAAUUGUGUUGUAAAUUUAACCAUGAUUUUCUUGUGUUGCCAGCUUUAAUUUUGAUCAAACAUGUAUUGUUGAUAAAUAUAUUUGUGAAUUUUGUGAUUGCAUUGCAUUCAAACCUUUGACCCCCUACAACUUAACUACAUGUAUCUCAAAUACGACAACAACAAU